AUGGCUGAUCCAAGGAUUGCCUGUAUCGGAGUGAUUGGGAAAGCUGACAACCCUCUGCACAUAUCUCUAUUCCCCCCAUACACAGAUGCGACGAUCGAUUUUUCUUUUCUCUUGAACUCAUGCCUUGACAUAUUUGAAAUCCGACGCAAACAAACUUCCAUUGACCAGGACCUGGGUCUACUCCAUGCGAUUGACGAGAGAUUAGCGGCUUAUGGCUGGCUCACCACUACAGGAGUGAAGCUUUUGAUCAUCGUGGACCUUUUCGGCCCGGAUGUGGCCAACACCGGAAAGCCGGCGGGGGCUGCAGUUAGUGGGUUGAGGGAUUCCGAUCUGAAGCCGGCCUUUCGAGCCUUGCAAAGCGCGUAUAUCCAACUUCUGCAGAACCCAUUCUAUUCACCGGACGAUCAUAUCUCAACGCCUGGAAUAGCAGCAGGUUCGGCAUCUGGCUGCCAGCCUAUUUCUAAUCCACGAUUCAUAGCUGAUGUUCAGCGCAUCGGUGAAGCGUGGACACCCGGCCGG